AUGAAAAAGAAAAUUAAAAUAGAAUAUGAAAAUGAAGAAAAUGAUGGAAAUGAAGAGAACAAUGAAAACAAUGAAAUAAAUAUUAAAAAGGAUAAAGAUAUUAAAAAAAUUAUUAUAAAUGAUGAUGAAGAGAAAAUUAAAGCUUGUCAACAUCAAUUAUCAUAUCACAAAUUUAAAACAAACGAAAUUAAAGAAAUUAGAAAGUUAAUGCUAGAAUGGUACGAAAAAAGUAAAAGAGAUUUACCAUGGAGGGUUCAUGAAGGUGUCGAUGAAAAUGUCAAGGCAUAUAGGAUCUGGGUCAGCGAAAUUAUGUUGCAACAAACUAGAGUGAUUACAGUAAUAGAUUAUUUUAAUAGAUGGAUUAAAAAGUGGCCAACCAUUAAAGAUUUGGCAAAUUCAACGAUCGAGGAGGUUAAUCAGUUAUGGUCGGGAUUGGGUUAUUAUAGAAGAGCUAAGAAUUUAUAUUUGGGUUCAAAAUAUGUAAUUGAAAAUUUUAAAGGAAUUAUACCAAAAGAGGUUAAAAAGUUGUUAGAGAUCCCCGGUAUUGGAGCUUAUACUGCAGGUGCUAUAUCGUCAAUUGCAUUUGGUAUGCAGGAGCCAUUGGUUGAUGGAAAUGUAAUAAGAGUAUUCAGCAGACUAAGAUCUAUUGGUGCAAAUCCCAAAAACAGUAAAACAGUAAAACUAUUUUGGUCAAUCGGUUCAGAUAUUGUUGAUCCUCAAAAUCCUGGUGAGUUUAAUCAAUCACUAAUGGAGUUAGGCGCUACAGUAUGCUCAGUUCAAUCACCACAGUGCAAACAAUGUCCAGUUCAAACAUUAUGUCAAGCUUAUAAAGAAGAAAAAUCAUUUAUUAAACCAAAACCAAAAAAUUCAAUUUCAAACUUUUUCCAACCAAAAACAGAAAACAAUAGUAGCGGUAGCGAUAGUAUUAACAACAGUAGCGAUAAUAGUAUUAAAAAAGAAAUUCCAUUAAAAGAUAUAUGCACAGUUUGCGAAAGUUUUGAUGACACUGAUGGUCCAACCGAGUCAGUUUGUAAAUAUCCCAAAAAAGUUUUAAAAAUCAAACCCAGAAGUGAAACUGUCAAUGUAUUUUUAAUUCAUCACUAUCAAGCAGACAAAUUUUUAUUGGUACAAAGACCAGAUACAGGUUUAUUAGCAUCAUUAUUCGAAGCUCCAUCAAUUAUUGUCAAAAAUGAAACUGAAGAGGACGAAGAUGAAGCUGACGAAGAUGAGGACGAAGAGGAGGAUAAAAAGAAAAAAUCAAAAAAAAGAAAACAAAUUUCAAAAUCAAAUAGUGACACAGCAGCCAUAACAAAUGAUUAUAUUCAAAAGGAAGUUUUAAAUAAUUUAUUUUUAAAAAAAACUUCAAAAAACAACACAAUUAUAAAUUUAAAAUCAUUCAAAAGCAUAGGUACUGUAAUUCACAAAUUCUCUCACAUUACCCAGACUCUAAAUGUCUUCGAUUGCAAGUGCGAAUUUGAUAUCAAUAAUUUACCAAAAUCAACAAUACCAUCAAAAAAUAUUCAAUGGAUUGAAUUAAGUAGUAUUAGUUCAUUACAUGGAAUGGCAAAACAAAUGUCAAAGUGUUUUGACUUAUUAAAAUAA